UCUUUCUUUGUUACUUUGUGUGACUGAGCUGCUUGAUUUUUUUUAUAAGAAAAAAAUUUGAUUUUUAUUUCUUCUGAAUCAGUUUUUGUUGUCUGUCAUUGAUUGGUUUGUUGUAUCAGAUUCACUGAUUCUGAUGAGCAUCAUGAAUUUUCCCGCCGAAUAUAAGCAUAUGAUUGGUUGUUUUAGAGAUUUGUUUCCCUUUUUUUGGAGAUUCUUUCACUAUUUCUGCUCUGUUGCUUACUUCAUUCUCUACAUAUUUCUCUUUUAUAGAUUUGUUCUUAUCUUUUUCUAGGGGAUUUUUUUUUUAUCUAUAAACUGUAAAUAGGAGAUCUAUUUUAGCUUCGAAUUCGAUUUUGAUUUAAAAAUCUCAUCUUGUUGUUUCACGUUAAUAAUAAUAGCUCGUGGGUCUCUUUUGGAUCUUUUGGUGUUCUUAAAGUGAUAAAGAUCAGUUUUUUUUUUUUUGUUGUUGUUGCGGUUAAACCAUAACUUGUGUUUGUUUGUUUUCGUGAAGAGGGAAAAAAAAUCUAAGCUUGAUUUGAGAAGAAGAUGAUGGGGUCACGAACAAACUUGAAGAACUUUGUUGAUGGUCUGACUGAUGAAGCUGGAAUGAACCCAAAGCAGCAGCCAAUGAUGGGGAGUAGUACUCUUCCAUUGACGAGACAGAACUCGGUGUUCUCGUUAACCUUUGAUGAGUUUCAGAACUCAUGGGGUGGUGGGAUUGGGAAGGAUUUUGGGUCCAUGAACAUGGAUGAGCUCUUGAAGAACAUAUGGACUGCUGAGGAAAGCCACUCACUGAUGGGGAACAACACCGGUUUCAACAACAUCAACAAUGGUAGUAAUAACGGGAACGCUGUUAUUAACAGCAAUGGAGGUGUAUCUGUUGUUGGUAUGGGAGGAGAAAUUGGCGGUGGUUUUUUCACUGGUGGGAGUUUGCAGAGACAAGGGUCACUUACUCUGCCUCGUACCAUUAGUCAGAAAACGGUUGAUGAUGUCUGGAAGGAGUUGAUGAAGGAGGAUGACAUUGGAAAUGGUGUUGCUAAUGUUGGGACAAGCGGGAUUCCGCAGAGGCAACAAACGCUGGGAGAGAUGACUUUGGAGCAGUUUUUGCUCAGGGCGGGCGUUGUUAGGGAAGAACCUCCACAGGUGCAGCAGCCUGUAAAUAACUUCAAUGGUGGUUUUUACGGGUUUGGCAGUAAUGCAGGUCUCGGGACAACUCCUACUAUGAUUGGUGUUAACCAGCCUCAUAGUUUUGCUGGAAAUGGUGCAGUGGUGAGACCGGAUCUGCUGACAACUCUAACUCAGCCACUUCAGAUGCAGCAAUCACAGAGGGUGCAGCAGCCGCAACCACUCAUACAGAAGCAGGAGAGGCCUUUUCCCAAACAGAGCACUAUCGCGUUUUCCAACACUGUUGAUGCUGUUAAUCGUUCUCAACCUGUAACACAGUUCCAGGAAGUGAAGCCUUCAAUUCUUGGAAAGCGGAACCAUCCUAUGGACAACAAUCUACUGCAAGCUGUUGAUUUUAAAACUGGUGUUACGGUUGCAGCAGUAUCUCCUGGAAGCCAGAUGUCACCUGAUCUGACUCCAAAGAGCGCUCUGGAUGCAUCUCUGUCUCCUGUUCCUUACAUGUUUGGUCGAGCAAGAAAAUCAGGUGCAGUUCUGGAGAAAGUGAUUGAGAGAAGGCAAAAAAGGAUGAUAAAGAAUAGGGAAUCAGCUGCCAGAUCCCGCGCUCGCAAGCAGGCUUAUACAAUGGAGUUGGAAGCAGAAAUUGCGCAACUGAAAGAGUUGAAUGAAGAGUUGCAGAAGAAACAAGUUGCAAUCAUGGAAAAGCAGAAAAACCAGCUUCUGGAGCCACUGCGCCAGCCAAUGGGAUGCAAAAGGCAAUGCUUGCGAAGGACAUUGACAGGUCCUUGGUAGAGCUUAUAAUGGCGUUCGAGGAACUCAACAAAGCGCAAAAGCUAUAGAACAACACAGAAAUAGAAAGCUAGCUUUGUAUGUAGUUUAGGCAGGUGUUUCAAUGGGUGAUUGUAAAUCGUGACGUGUGGCUGGUUUGACAGAGAUAGAUCAACACUCUUUUGUUCUGUUUUCCUGAAGCAUCUUUUGGUUUUAUCAUCCUGAUGUAAUGGAUCUUGACCAGUUUCUAGAACAUCUUUGUGAGUUAACCAGAGUGAAA